UUCACUCUUAUGCCAAGUCAAAUAAGGAGAGCAAUUUUAUCUCUGAGUCAGACUCCUUAGACAUUUCUUUUGAUCUCUCAUAAAGCAUAAUUAAACUAAAACAUAUGUACAUAACAUUGAUCCUGCUUGCAUGCGAAUUUGCUGUGCCACAACAAAACUGUAUGGACACACUUUAAUUUAUGCUGCUCUUGUAAGAUCUUCGAGUGUGUGUGUGUGGGCACACCUAUUCAACCUGCUUGCUUGUGUACUUUUAGUGCUUUUACAUUUAGGUUUUCAUUGGGUCAAUAACACUGCCAACGGUCAUCAACCAAUAAAAAUGUGUUUCAACCUUUUAAAAUCUGUCAGGUAUCACAUUUAGUUAGCACAAAAUCUUUGUUAAAAUCUCUGGCAAGCUAAAUGACAAGCCACCGAGGUUGCACACCAAACACACCUGUUACACUGUAACAUUCCACUAAUAUUAACUAAUUUGGAUAUAAUGCAGAACCUUAACCGCAACUGGACGAGUCUGAAACUAUACUAUAUGGAAAAGUUUAUGGACACCUGACCAUCACACCCAUAUUUGGGCCUUUCCCAAACUGUUGCUACAGCUUGGAAGCAAACAAUAGUAUAGGAUGUUUGUAUGCUGUAACAUUACAAUUUCCCUUCACUGGAACUAAGGCCUAGCCCAAACCUGUUCCAGCAUGACCAUGCCCCUGUCCACAAAGUGAGGUCCAUGAAGACUUGGUUUGUCGGGUUGUCAACUGGAAAAACUCGAGUGGCCUUCUUGUCUGACUUCAAUGCCUGACUUCACUAAUGCUCUUGUGGCUGAAUAGGAAAAUCCCCACAGCCACAUUCCAAAAUCUAGUGGAAAGCCUUCCCAGAAGAGUGGAAUAUUAUAACAACAAAGGGGGACUAGUUCUGGAAUGGGAUGUUCUAAAUAUUCGAUUUAUACUUUCACAGUAUAGCAACAACAAAAAUACUUUCUUCACUUUUUACACUUCCCCACCUUAAUUUCACCUUAAUUCUUUCUGCUUUCUGCUGUAAUUUUCUGUUUAAAUAGUGCAUGGGAUGAUUCAUUUGGGCUAUUAAUUUGAUGUUAUUUUUAGACUUUAACACUCAACAGGGAGAAUAUUAAACCGUUAAACAAUAUUUUCUCUCAUGUUAUGUGCGACACUGAACAGCAUGCUUUUUUAAGAAGACAAAGACAGAAUUUAUGAUAAACACAUAUGUAAAGUGAAAUUAUUUUCUUUGCAUAUCCUGGCUUGUUAUGCUAAUCUAUAUGUCAACUUUUAAUGUUGCUUUACAUGUUAAACAUUCAUCAUGUGAAAAUCUCAUGUCACUAUUUUUGUUACACCUUUUUUUUUUUAAACUUGUAAUAUGAAGAGCCUGCAAAUGAAUAGCUUACAUAUUUUGUAUUGUUUCCUCUUGAGCCAUGGCAUCUUUGCUAACUGCUGUCUUCUGUAUACAUGAGCUUACUGGUGAGUCUCACGUUACUCGGCAAAAGAGAGAGUUUUGCCGUUUCUCAGACUGAUAGAACAGGGGCAAUUAUGCUCUGUUGGGCUCUCGGAUAUGGAUGGCGGCAUCAGGAUUUGAAUUCACGAACAUCCAACUAUAGAGCGAAUGUUUUUCAGUUACGUCAAGUCAUAUUUUUGUUGGUUACUUUAAGGACUCUGUCUGCUGCAUUUUGUAUAAAUUUGUACACUAGUUUUUCUGUAUAAUGUCCUCGUUCCAGGGAUUCUCGUUAACGCAAUAUCUCAAGAAUGAAUGCUUGAAUGUUUGAAGGAUUUAUAUGGAAUUAUUAUUGUUGUUCUUUUGUGAUACUUUUCCAGGCUUGUACCGCAGCUUCUUUCAGUUGUUGUUUUGGGGGGAAGGGGGGUUCUUCCUUUAGUCUCCACUUCAGGAAGUGAAAUGCAUGCUCAAUUGGGUUAAGGUCUGGUGAUUGACUUGGCCAGUCCAAAACCUUAAACCUUUUUCCCCUGAUGAAGUCUUUUUUUUGUGCUGGCAGUGUGUUAUUGGUCAUUGUCUUGCUGCAUGAUGAAAUUCCUCCCAAUUAGAUUCGAAGCAUUUCUCUGUAAAUUAGCAGCUAGGAUGUUUCUGUAGACUUCUAAAUUCAUUCUGCUACAAUCAUGAAUUACAUUAUCAAUAAAGAUUAAUGAGCCAUGGAAGCCCAAGCCAUGACGCUACCUCCACCGUGCUUGAUGAAUGAGCUUACAUAGAUCAUGAGCAGAUCCUUUAUUUCAAUCUCAAAUGUCUUCAGUAUGUAGCAAAAACAAAAGAAUUGGCAGUUCCAAUACUUUCCGAGGGGACUGUAUAACUGUGUGUGUGUAUGUAUGUAUUUUAUAUAUAUAUAAAAUCAUCUAAUGCUCCACAUAAUCUAAGACUAAUAAUAAACACAGCCAAUCAAUUUUAAUGUACAAAGACUGAUAAAAGGACCUUUUUCCUCUCCCUGACUUUUGAAUUAAAAUCUUGUCCGUUGGUCUCCCUUCUUGUUUAAUUUUCAGUCUCUCCUCAUAAGAAUGAGCAUCAAAAGACUGUUCUAAAAUCAGGUCAACAACAGCAUUUUCUGCCAUUUCAUGCCAAAAAACAACUAAGCUGAUAGCUGAAGAAGGAAAUGACAGACUUAUAAACAACAAACAAUCAAACAGAACUUUACACUUACAGUUUAUUUACAACAUUUACAAAUUACACCACUACUGCAGGCUCCAAGCGAUUCCGAUUGGUGCUGAUGUAUUUGAAAUGUCAGUCAUGUUCAUUACUGUUUCAGUGAUUGGUAAUUGGUUAUGUGGUUCCGCACCUUUCAGAGGUUUACCAGUCAUCAUAAGGAGAAGUGAUGCAUUUAAGCAGGACAAGCGAAGAGUGCACUGUUCAGUGAACAUUGAAUUUAUUUAUUUUUUUUCUGUGCAAAACUCACACAGACACACAGACACUGUUGUCCAAUAAAUGUAAUAUUUUGUCCUAUUAAAAUACAUUGUAUAUAUUGAUAUUUGAUCAUUUAAUUCACUAAAAUAUUGAAUUCCACCAAUUCCACCACUGGUGAAUAAUAUAGACACUUUGGUAAACAUUUCAUUGCUGUAUUUUAAUGAAAUUUUAAGGGAAGAUGGGCUUCCCGUUUAGGCUUAAAGUAAGCAUCUGUGCUACAGAGUAAUCAAAUCAGAGAAUCAGCUCUGUUCCUCGUCUGGUGUUUUGUGCUUCCUUGCUUAAUUGCCAGUGUUAAAAUAGCCAGAGAGCCAGAUGUUUGAACGAGAAACUGCUUACCACAAUUCUACAUCUAAGGGUCCACAAUACAGCAUCAUAACGCUCUAAACCACCUUCCAGACACAACACACAUGCUAUACCUACACAGGAUGCACAUCCUGUAAGUAGUUGUUUACAGUCAUGAGCUGCUAAUAUUGUAAUGUAUCCUGAGUGCUUGCUUAAGUAAGACAGUGAAUCAACAAAUUAGUCAGGCCUUAGAAAGUGUUUUAAGUGGCAUUUCUUUAUGACACUAAAGUAUAUAAAGUGGGACUGUAACUGUUAUUAAGAUUAAUGCAUUAGUACAGAAUAAGGGAAUUCCGGAGUAGACUGUAAAAAUUACUGUGUAGCACUAAACAGAGUUAUGAAAAAAAUAUCUGGUUAAUUAGCUUAAUCUCACACUGAAAAUAUGAGAGAAAUUCAUAUGAACAAAAUGUAAUUGAGGCACAUUCCAGCUAUAUAUUUUUUUAUAUUGACCUGAGUGUUUAGGUACUCUUAAGCAUAAGCGGUCUUCCAUGAAUUCGCUGAGGUAUACAUUUGAUGUGACACAGGGGCCAAAUUCCUUUUGUCAUUGGUGAACACCAGAGAAUACCUAUGCAAAAUAAAUAUGUGGUGAUGGCACACUUUCUAGAAAUGUGAAUAGAGUUGAAAGCCAUUUUAAGGUUUAACAGCACUGCUUAAAGUAUGCUCCUGUGUAAAAAGAAUAAGUGGCUAUGGGCAGGAGUGUACCUGGAGCACAAAUGUCACAUUGGCUUUGUCCAAUAUUUCUAUUUGCUAACUUUGGUUAAACAAACUUGGUUGCCAGAAAAGCAAAAAUGAGCAUAAUUUAUGAAAUGCAAGUAAUCUUUCACUUGUUAAAUGAAACGCUGUGCUGAGCUGGAAUUCUGACCUUUCAUCCAUGAAACAGAGAGAGCCAGCUAAAGCUGGAUUUGAAUGUUUCUAGUGCUGUCUGACAUUUCUGCAGUUAAGUUUGAAGGAGGGUUUUUUUUUUCCUUUUUUACUGAGGGCCAAUAGCAUAUUUUUGGAUUCUUUCCUUUUCUCCACUGCAGUGUACAGCUGCAAAACACUUGCACUGUGGAACCCUGCUUACAUCACAGUAUUGCAAAAAUCAUAUUGUCUUUAAAGUUAUACUGUUAUCAUUUACAAAGUUACAUAAGUUAUCAUUUGAAAUUGAAUUUCCAGUAAUUAUAAAUUUAAUUAGCAGGUGUGUUCAGAUUUUUGCCUUGCAGAACCUUUUACAGUCUUCUGCAUCAUGCUAAAUAAAAUAUAAAACAGCCUCGUUUAAGAAGAAGGAGAUGGAAAUCAAACCAGUGAAAGCCAUCUUUUCUUUGUGUGGAAAAGAGGGAUCUGCCAGCAGCUGAACACACACACACACACAGGGGCUGAUGCACAUACUGUCUGCGAUUCCAAUCCUCAGAAAGCUCCAUGUGCUGAGUUGUGAUUGGCCGGCAUGGAAAAGGAUGAUGUCAUAUUUUUUUGCAACAGAGCUGAAGCAACUGAGUCAUAGAAAUAGUAUUCACUUCACGUUUAAAAGCACUGAAGGAUUCACAUAUCUCUUCCAGGGAAAAUAGACACUCUUAAACGGACAUAAGACUUUGUGUUCACUAGGGAUAAUGUACUUGGUUUUACAUUAACUAGCUAAUAGGCGAUUUCAUACUGCAGGAUGCUUCUGUCAUGGCCCAGAAAGUGUGCAGACACAGAGCAAAGGGAAUACAUUAACCUGCCUAGGUUAAAUGCCCAGGUUUAAACCAGCAAUUUAUGCUUUAUCAAUGGUAUUUAUGCGUAUGGCCUUUCUAUAGCUAUGGUCACAACAUUUAUUGUCUCUGAUCAAUAAAGAUGCUCCCCCUUCUUGGUUUGCAGCAGACAUCCAAUAGCUCUAAUGCAGCUCCCCCCACCCUGGUGUUCCUUACACUGUGCACCCUACUCAGAUGAUGUCAUUCUUUUUCUGGCAGGCUCCCCUCCCUCUUUCUCACUCUCCUGGUUAGACAUGUGUUAUUGCUGGUGGAUACAAUCGAUAGGAGUGUUUCCUGGGGGAGCUACUGGGGCGUUGCGGCCAGGGAUGCACGUUCAAAGACUGCGUACAGUAGCUUUGGAGGUGGAUACACACACCACAUUUGCUGCUUUUACAAAGAGGGAAGUAUGUAACACGGUGUGUGCUGGAUGUUUCCUGGCAAAGAAGAGAAGAGGCUAAAGCUGGAUUUGAAUGUUUCUAGCGCUGUCUGACAUUUCUGCAGUUAAGUUUGAAGGAGGGUUUUUUUUUUUUCCUUUUUUACUGAGGGCCAAUAGCAUAUUUUUGGAUUCUUUCCUUUUCUCUACUGCAGUGUACAGCUGCACAGCUUCAAUGAAUUAAUUGCUUUGCAAUGCUUUAGAAACACGUUGGAUUUUACUCUCCUCCUAGGAAGGGAACGGAAUAAUUUUUCUGUCAAACAUCUGAAGUAUUUUAUGUUUCCAAAAGUCUUUUAUUUAAUGCUACAGGCUUUCUUUUUAUACUCCAGUUUAUUGCAAAAAUGAGGGGCAGAUAGUUGAUCAUUGUUGCUCAUUUCUCUCUAUUUGAUGAAAGUGGAAAGUUUUUCUUGCAGCUUGGGAAAUGGCUUUCCUCGUCCGUUGCUAUGCCAACUGCUUGCAACCGUGGUCCUCCAAACUUCCUGGAGAUUUUGGCAAGAUGCACUUGACGGAUCACCCACAUCCGCCAGUGAUGCCAGUACCACCCAGCCAAUCAGGAUGCAGCAUCGGCAGUGAUUCAGCAAGCAGUAGCUUAUCAGAUAUCUACCAUGCCACAGAGAGUGAAGUUGGUGACAUGGAUCUGUCUGGGCUCCCAGAGGCACCUGUGGAUUCAGAUGAUGAGUAUGAGGAAGAUGAAGACCUAGAGCAUGCUUCAGACACUCUGCUUGGCCGAGAUGUGGUGAGAGAGUGUCUGGAGAAGGAGCCAGCCGAGCGCAAUGAUGAUGACAUCGAGCUGCUCCUAGAGUUUAUGCAUCAGCUGCCAGCAUUUGCCAACAUGACCAUGUCUGUGAGGAGAGAGCUGUGUACAGUCAUGGUCUUUGAGGUUGUAGAACAGGCUGGCACCGUCAUCCUGCAUGACAAACAGGAGUUGGAUCUAUGGUAUGUUAUCCUGAACGGCGCAGUAGAGAUAAGUUAUGGAGACAGCCGAACCGAAAUCCUCUGCAUGGGGAACAGCUUUGGAAUCUCUGCCUCCUUGGUGAAACAAUGUAUGAAUGGAGAGGUGCGCACAAAAGGGGAUGACUGCCAGUUGGUGUGCAUUGCCCAGGAGGACUACUGGCGCAUCCUCAACCACGUGGAGAAAAACAUGCACAAGGUGGAAGAAGAAGGUGAGAUUGUCAUGGUAAAAGAGCAUCGUGAGCUGGAUCGCAGUGGCACAUGCAAGGGCCACAUAGUCAUCAGGGGCACUCCAGAAAGGUUGAUUAUGCACUUGGUGGAGGAGCCUUCAAUAGUGGAUCCGACCUACAUUGAAGAUUUCCUCCUCACCUACCGCACAUUCCUUUCCAGCCCCAUGCAAGUGGGCAAUAAGCUACUAGAGUGGUUCAAAGUGGACAAUCUGAGAGACACGGUUACACGGAUAGUGUUGUUAUGGGUGAACAAUCAUUUUAAUGAUUUUGAAGGAAACCCUUCAAUGACACAGUUUCUAGAGGACUUUGAGAAGUUGCUGGAUGAAGCGAAAAUGAAUGGUCAUUUGCGCUUGCUGAACAUGGCCUCGGCAGCUAAAGCCAAGUUGCGUCAAGUGAUGCUGCAGAAGGCGAACAGAGACUCACCACUGCCCUUUAGCCUGGUAGGAGGCAGCGAGAGGGGCUUUGGCAUCUUCAUCGACAACGUGAAGGAGGACAGCAAGGCCACUGAGGCUGGACUCAAGAGAGGAGAUCAGAUAAUAGAGAUUAACGGCCAAAAUUUUGAAAACAUAUCUUACUCCAAAGCUAUGGACAUUCUAAGGAACAAUACUCACCUUUCUCUCACUGUAAAGACGAACAUCUUUGUCUUCAAAGAGCUUCAAAACUGUGUGAGGCAUGACAAGAAGAAUGGAGCCCCCCACUUUCCCAAAUUUCAUGAGAAGAAGGGCAAUCGUUUCUCCAUUGCUGAGCUGCCGGGUGACAUGGAACUUCCCACUGGUAGCAAGAGUCACAAGAAAAUGAAGGCCCACACAGUGUCAGCUGGACGCAACAGGAUCCGCAAGAUGCUGGAGAAGACCAGGUUCAGCAUUCUACCUCCUAAACCCUUCAGGGGACUGUUAGGUGAUGCAGGCAUAAGCCAGUCUCAGGAUGAUAGCAUUGUCGGCACAAAACAGUGCAGGCACAGUGUGGCCAUUAUGGGCAGUCUGUCCUCCAGCAGCCCUGAUUUACUGCAGCCGACAACCAGCGCACUCAGCUUCUCAAACACCUCUGAUGUUCCAGAUCAAGUGAUACGUGUUUUUAGAGCAGACCAACAGAGUUGCUACAUCAUCAUCAGCAAAGACACAACGGCUAAGGAUGUGGUCUUGCAUGUAGUUAAGGAGUUUGGACUCAUUGCUGCUCCUGAGACCUAUUCUCUGUGUGAAGUGUCAGUCAGUCCAGAAGGUGUAAUUAAACAGCGUCGUCUACCAGACCAACUGUCCAACUUGGCAGAUCGCAUCCAGCUCAAUGGCAGGUACUACCUGAAGAACAACAUGGAAACAGAGACCCUCUGCUCAGAUGAGGAUGCUCAAGAGCUGCUGAGAGAGAAUCAGAUCAGUCUUCUCCAGCUCAGCACUCUUGAAGUGUCUGCCCAGCUGUCCAUGCGUGACUUUGGCAUCUUCCGGAACAUCGAGUCCACUGAGUAUGUGAACAGUCUCUUCAAUCUGAACUCCAGCAGUGGCCAUCUAAAACAGUUUGAAGAGCUUAUCAACCAGGAGACCUUCUGGGUGGCCACUGAGAUUUUGCAUGAGGCAAAUGCACUAAAGCGCAUGAAGACAAUCAAGCACUUCAUCAAGAUUGCACUGCAGUGCCGUGAGUGCAAGAACUUCAAUUCCAUGUUUGCCAUCAUAAGUGGGCUGAACCUUGCCCCUGUGGCCCGGCUACGAGGCACAUGGGAGAAGCUUCCCAGCAAAUAUGAAAAGCUCUUUCGAGAUCUGCAGGAUAUUUUUGACCCCUCACACAACAUGGCCAAAUACCGCAACAUCCUUAGCAGCCAAAGUAUGCAGCUGCCAAUUAUCCCUCUCUUUCCUGUGGUUAAGAAAGAUCUCACAUUCCUACAUGAAGGUAAUGACACAAAUGUGGAUGGCCUUGUGAACUUUGAGAAACUACGAAUGAUUGCCAAGGAGAUUCGUCAUGUUGUGAGAAUGACCACUACCAGCAUGGACCCAGCAAUCAUGUUUCAUCAGAGGAAGAAGAGGUGGAAGAGUUUAGGGUCCUUGAGCCAGGGUAGCACUAAUUCCAACCUGCUGGAUGUGCAGGCUGGACAUAAGAAGCGUGUGCGGCGCAGCUCAUUGCUAAAUGCCAAGAAGCUGUAUGAAGAUGCACAGAUGGCCCGUAAGGUCAGGCAGUACCUGGCGCAACUGCAGGUGGAGACAGAUGAGGAGAAGUUCCAGAUUAUGUCUCUGCAGUGCGAGCCAGCCUACAGUACCUUGUCUAAAAAUCUGAGUGAAAGGAGGCCCACCAAGUCUGACUUGUCUCCCGUGUUCACGCGCUCACCCUUGACCUCUGGCAAGUCACACAACCGCGUCUCCCAGGUUCUACAGGUUCCCCACGUCAGCCUCAAUCCCCUGCGGAAGAAGAGCAUUGCCAAAGACCUAAUGACUGCACACAGCAAAUUGGACAACUCGGAUUCAAGCCACAGUGAGAUUCCUUCACAUUCCAGCAUAGUCAGUAACAGCUCGGUAGACUGCAUGCAUUCAACAAGAAAAGCCAGAAGCCAAAUACAGUCAGCAUCACUUCACACUGCCUCAGAAAACUGCCAGCCCUGCACAAGUUUGUCCUUGGUGAGGAACUUGGGGAACCAAGGCUCAAAUUUCACCUCCACCAGCACUGAGGAGCUAACUUUGCCCAUUUCAGAGGUGGCCGACAGUGGCCGAGGAAGCUGGACAUCGUGCUCUAGCAACUCACAUGACAAUUUCCAGAACUUUCAGGUUCAACGCAUGUCAGAUAUGAUGAAUUACCGGCAUCCUCAGAAGCCUGACACUAUCAAAGAGGUGGAUGAUCUUCAGGCCAUAAAUAGACAUUUCAGAGAUGGCUCAGACUUUAGUCAAUCCAGACAGAGCUGGGCUUCUUCCAGCUCAGUCUCAGACAGGUAUGAGGGAAACUACAGCACCGUUAAACAUACGGUCAGUGAGCAGCAAAGCACAGACCCUGCAUAUAAAACAGUCACCUCCACCACAGAGAAAGGUCUCAUAGUGUAUUGUGUAACAUCACCAUGCAAAGAUGAUAGGUACAGUGCUCCACCUCCUACCCCACCCGGUUAUCAAGGGCUGUCGUUGGGGGACAUGCAGGCACGAGACGGCGGAGCUCUAAGGCCAGCCUACUUAAAGCCGCCCAACUAUAGCGUGGCAUUACAAAGAUCCAAGCUGUUGGGUGACACAUGGAGAAUGGCAGCUGGGCGUCGUGCCAUCUUCACCAGGCCUGCUAUUGUAGCACCUCAUGCUGUAGCUAAUAGUGAGGAGGAUGAGCAGGUGUCAGCAGUGUGACUCCAGCGAGAAAGGUGUGAGAGAAAAAAAGUAUGAAGACGGCGUUGUAAGCUGAAACCACUCAUCUUCAGCAAACUCCCCAAACACCACAAGCAAUGCCACAUACAGCAAUAUUUAAUUUUGUGCAAGCUUAGACAAGCCUCUUUCUUUAAAAAAAUCUUUUUUAAUCACAUAACAUCAUGGUUUAAAAAAACUGCCCACUUUAAAUCUUAACACCAUAUAUGAUUCCUUCAAUUUUGUAUUAUAUUUUGUGGAGCAAACCUUGUUUUGUUCAUUUGGCAUAGGUGUAAAAAAAAAGUGUUUAAUGUGUCUCUGUGGAGAGAGUAUUUUUUUUUUAAAUUUUGAUUUUACCUGAUAAAAUGCUUUCUGUAAAUAUCCACCAAAAUAUAAAGGCUUCUUGUCUAUCCUAAAUCAGCCCUAAGAUGUGUGUGCUGUCAUGGCGGUGACAGUGGUGUUAUGUAGCUGUUUAAAUUUUCCUGUUCAAAGAUACAGUGUGUAAAAUUAUUUUUAAACCUGUUUUAGAUUUUGGGUAUAUUCUAGAUCCUGUUUCAGGAUGUUUGCAUAAUAGAAGUUUAUAUUUUGGGCCAAUUCACAUUAUUCAUUGUAUGUUUAAUUUUUGUUCUGAAAUGCCUCAUGUGUAUCAUAAUUUUGCAUAAACCAUCGAUGCCUGUGCUUGAUUUUUCUAGACAUAUUCUUGAUAUUGCCUUACCACUAAUAGCAUCUCAGGCAAUCCUGAAUGCCAUCUCUUCAUGCAGUUGCUUCAGCUGCUCCAUGAUCUGCUGACUAUAUGUCAAAUAAACUAAGCUUUAGAUGUUUCUAAAGCUGUAAACUAUUAAGCCUUUGCUGCAUUUUUGCAGCUGUCUGCAAUGGCACUGGGUAAAAAUGUUUAGCUUUUAAAUAAUGGAUUCUUUGAGUAUAUUUUUUGUUCCUUACAUUGGACUGUAUUAUUUUACUGUACCAGGCUGCUAAUUUUUUUUUUUUUUACAGCAAUAAGAAAUAAGUAAAUGCAGCACCUAUAACUUAUCUCACUUGUAAAUGAUCAACUAAUUGCUUCUUGUUUUGUAAUACUUGUAUAUUACAGUCUUGCUUGUGAAAAGAUAAUAUAAUAUGUGUGCAUAAUUAUUGGGCAAAUCAGUUUUCUGAUCAUGUGUUUUUCCAGCUCCAACCCACAUCAACCUAUAUGUAAUUAUUGACACAAAUAUUUUCAAUAUUUAAUUGCUUGAUGGGAGAGGGUGUGGGUUAAGUUGAGAAAUAUAUUACAUUCAGUUUUUGUGCUACAGGUGUAAUGGCAUAAAAAGAAAUGACAGUGAAACUGAAAAUAAAAAUGUAAAAUGCCUAACAGAAGGAUGCAACACUCUUAUGAUUUUGUGACUAAGGUGUGUUGUUAACAAUAGACAUUUCAGUAGCAAAAAGACAUGUUGCAAAAGGAAAAAAUACUGUAAUUUUCCUGGAAUCUCCAAAGUACAAGGUGUUUAGUACUGUAACACCUUGCCUACUGUCAGGAAGGCUGUAACACUACCUUCACUUAAUAAGAAUAAAAAGUGUCUGUCUUAAGGUA